CAGAGCCAAAACGAAAGUCAACAUAGAUAUUGAUUUGUGUUUGGAUUAUUCAUAUUCAGAACUAACAUGAGAAUAUGAUGGGAAACAGUAAAUCAACAAAUAACACAGAAAACAGCACUGCCUCUGACCAUGACAAGGAAUCUACGGAGGGAAUCGAACAGACUCAGUGCAUUAACAAUGAUGUCAUAAUUUGUCAUUCUAUCAUCGAAAAUGAAGCACAAACAAUGGCUGAUGCUGCAAAAUUAUCGGUCGUGUAUAAUGACAAUUUGAAUAAAUUAAAUGAUGAUUUAGAAUCAGCAGGUCAGUGUGAAAAACGAGCAUCACAUGGAAAAGAAGGCGAGAUUUUUAAAACUUGCAGUUUACAAGAGGAACAACAACAAAAAUAUGAUCAAACACAAGUAUUGAAAGAAAAACAUGAAACAUCAGUUGCAGAAGUACAUAUUAAAGACCAACCAACUGACCAGAGAACUAUUUCAAACAUUGUCUUGCAAGAAAAGACAAAAACAAAUAAUUCUGGAGAACAAAAACAUGAACAAGAGUUAGAACAGAUAAAACAAACGACCCACCAUGAAAACCUGCAAGUAACUGAUAACGAACACCCAAUAAGUUACAUAAAUAAACAAUUGUCCAUGGACGUUUAUCGACAAUGCCCGAUAUGCUUUGAGAGCGCGUACAAAUGUCCAAAGCUACUCCCUUGUGGUCAUACAUUUUGUCUUCCGUGUUUGAAGGAUCACGUCAGAAACAGAAUUUCAGAUGAGUCUGUCAUUUGUCCAAUGUGUCGCUCGAAUAUACACAUUCCUGGCGAGGGAGUAAAAGGGUUUCAGGAUAAUUAUUUCGUUAGUGCAAAGAAUGUUUUAACUUGUGAUGUGUGUCGUGAAAACAUGAGUGAAUGGCUCUGUAGUGAGUGUGAUAAACGUAUGUGUUUAAUUUGUCGAUGGGGUCACAUGUGCAAAAAGUCUGCUUCAAAAGGGCCAAGAGAUUUGUUUUCGUUGAGCAUCGUCAGUGAUAGUAGUGAUACAGAUUCUGAUUCGUCUUCGCAUUCUGUAAGGUCAAAUGCGUCUUUACCUUAUGCAUUCACACAACCAAUUGCACCAUGGACAAAAAUAUUGGUUUCUGAACAAGCCAGUUUUAAAUUAGAGGAAGGCACAUGUUGCAAUGGUGUUAUACCCGUUUCACCAACCGAAGCUUGGCUAUUUAUAACAAAUGAAGAAUUGGAAACCUGUUCUUUUGGGUUGUAUAAUAUCAACGGAAACGUGUUAAGAAAUGUUGACAUACAACCAUCAGCGUAUGGAUUUGCUGUUGAGCAAACAAACACAAUCCUGGUUUCAUUUGCUCAUGAAACUGUAGUUCGUCGUUUCGCAGGAAGUGAACCAAAUAUCAUAAUUUCCCCAAGCAUAUUUCACCCUGUAGGUAUCGCAAUUUUCCCAGAUGAUUCAGUUGUUAUAACAGGUUUUGAAAAGGAUAACGUCGCCGAUGUUCUACUUGGUUGUGUUAAAUGUUUUUUGCCAGCUGGGGAGGAAAUGUGGAACUUUGAUACGGGAUAUGAUAUCGUACCGAUGCGAGUUUGCGUACUGGGGAACGAUCUUAUCUGCCUGUCAUAUUCUAACAAUCAUUUUGUUGAUGUUCGCUUGAAAGAUGGUAACGUAGUUGGCAAAUAUAAUGGCAAAGAUUCUGAUGACGACGAAUCGUUCACACCUGUUGAUUUGUGUAUUGGAUCUUACGGUAAUAGACCAGUUGUCUUGGUAACCGAUAGUUACUCAGAAAUUAUACACAUGAUUUCAUACGCAGCAGAGUUCGUUGGAGUUGUUCUUAUAUCCCCAGUUUCAGGAUCGUCAGGUUUAGGAGAACCAGGGGCUAUAGGUUGUGAUUCAGAUGGGAAACUUUGGGUUUGUCAAAGAGAUAGUAAUGUAAUUUCUAUAUUUAAUAUUUGUAAAUAUUCAAAUGUAAUGCAGUAAUAAAAAUAAUGGAGGUUAAAC